AUCAAUCUUCAAGCUGUAUAGGCCAAACCACUACAGAUUUCAUCUCGGCACUGAUCGGGUAAACGAUGGCAGAGGAUGAGAUUAUCUCGAAUGUCCUAUCGAUCUCUGCUGUAAGUCAAAGUGAGGGUUGUGAUGUUGACAAUCGAGAGGAUCAGGAAGAAGACGCAGCAAUUGGGUGUUUGGUUUCGUUGGAAAAAUUGAAUCUUGGACACGGAAAAAAAGCUUAUUGUUCUUAGUUUACAUGGAUUGCUUUUAAACUCUCUUUAAAGGCGAUAGGCUUAGAAUGCCUGAGACUUGUAUCGUUCCUGCCAGAUAUGGGAAGCAUCUGGUUUUUAAGAGGCCUUUCUGCGAUGAGUUUAUGAGUUUCUGCUUUGAAAGAUUUAAAGUGGGAAUUUGGUCCUCUGCACUAGAACGAAAUGUUGAGGGCGUCUUGGAUUGUGUAAUGGGAUAUUUUAAGAGUAAACUUCUGUUUGUGUGGGAUCAGGAACAAUGUAUUGAUUCUGGGUUGAAGUCAUUAGAGACGGUAUGGAAGCCUCUAUAUCUCAAGGAGCUGGAGAAACUAUGGGGAAAAAUCAACAAGCAACUUCCAGAGAAAAAGGGGAAUUACUCUGCAUCAGAUACAUUGCUGAUAGAUGAUCAACCUUACAAGGCUUUACGCAAUCCUCCUAACACUGGUAUCUACCCUAAACCAUACAAGCCGGGGUUUGUUCAUGAUAAGGCCCUUGAGUUAUGCUUGUUCUUGGAUGGGUUGGCCAAGGCUGAUGAUGUGCAGUCAUAUGUAAAGGCAUAUUCAUUCGGGCAGAAACUGGCCACGGUUACUCCUUCACAUCCCGAAUGGUUCUUCUACUCAGAAGGUUAUUCAUCGUCUUUCCAGAGGAUGAGUUUGACUAAGAUAUGAAUUACAAUGAAACUCCAGAAUCGGAAAUCAGAAGGCAUGUUAGACCAUGUUUGGAAUAAUUUUAUAUAUAUUUUAGCAACAAAUUUCCAGUGAUUGCUUAAGGAAAAUGAGAUGGAUUGAAGAAAGGAUUAUAAUAUAACGACUAUGACUAGAAUCCAACCAGAUGUCUGCAGAUGGCCGCUUAUGACUAGAAUCCAACCAGCACCGUGUAAACCGUUUCCCGAGCUUUACAUGGUCAGGUCAAGAGGAGUCAAUGCGGAUUCCUUUCUCGGAAAAUUGAAAGCCAAUCGCCAAUC